UGUUUGCAUUUUCAAUAGGUUAGGAUUUCUGCAAUAGGUUUCAAUCGUCUGUUUUCUCUACAUCUCGUUUUUAUUUAUAUUGAAAGCUUUAGGGGAUAAGUUAAUUUUUUUACAAAAAGUAUUUUGCAGUAUCUCCCGCUUGCUUGAAAAGCUGGGAGUUGAAAUUUCCAAAAUUGGGUCGUCGCAUUUGAAUCGCAUUUAAUAUCUCGCUGAAGUCGCUUUGAAAGAACCACGCCUCAAAGCCAUUUUGUUUUUGUUUGCCGUUUGGUAUCCAUAUAAAUCAAGCUCUCAAUAGCGUGAGUAGCCAUUUUUGUGUUGAUUAAUUUGAAUUGCCUUUGAAUAAUAUCAUUUUCUUCGGUCUUGUCUUCAAUUUGAAGGUGAUUUUGACUUCACUCAGGAGCCCAUGGUCAUGGGCUCCUGCUUCACUACAUCACUUUCUUAAAUCAACUCAACAGUACCCUCUUGGACACACUAUUUAAAUACGGAGAAGAUACAUUGCUGGGUACGUUGAAAACGACGUGCUCAAAUCUUUGAAUGCAAGCGACUGAGAUUCUCUGCCUCUCAAAUUUACAUUUGACGUGAUUGAUUUGUGACGCAUACAUUAAGCCUUAUCUAAGAACACUGCUAUUUCAUCUUUCUCCUUUUAUCUUUUUCCCCUGUACUUUGCAAAUUAGCUCAAAAGGUCCAAAAAUAUAUCUUAUCCUCAGAAUCUCUUGUUUUUUUUUGGUUGGUUGAAGUUUGUUGUUUUGUGUUGCGGUGUAUGUAAAGAACACGACUUCACGCCCCUGUACACAUAUGAAGCUUUCAGCUGAGACAAAAAUCAGUUCAAUUUUUUUUCGCUAGCAGAUGUUGCGUGAUAUCGAAUACGUGAUAUUAAAUAACGCUUUGAAUUGCUUUGCUUUGCUUUCCCGAUGAAAGAGAGUUUCCAAAAGCUAAUUAGAUCACGGGAUACAACUGCGCUAUUUAAUAUUUGUCUCCCGUAUUUACAUUUAAGCAGGUGGUUUAAUCUCGUUUUUAAAGAAACAAACGAAUUAUCCUGCGAGCUAAAAGUAAAUCAGUUUUUAAUGAUUUCCUCCAUCCUUUUACGAGCGUUGAAGUUUUAAAGAGAGUAAAAGCACCGGUGGAGCGGCAAGAUAAUUAUUAAUCAAACGACAUACUGAGUAUGGCGGCGUCUUGGUUUUUCAUCGCUAGCUGGUUUCCCAGCGCUGUGGCAAUAUUUGGAAACGGUUUGAUCAUAUUCAUGAUCAUUUCAAAGACUUCACUUCAUACAUUACCUAACGGGUUCGUCAUAUCGCUCGCACUGGCCGAUUUCGCUGUUGGACUAAUCUACUUUCCCAUAUACUUCUUUUGUGGAAAACUUGCCUUUUGCGAAAAUAGCUUCGGGUACGGGUACGACUUAGCUGUGCUGGCGAUUUAUUCUUCCGUUACCAACUUAUGUGCUAUGUCAGUUGAUCGCUAUAUCGCCAUUGUCAAGCCUUUGAGAUACGUUGCAUGGAUGUCUUCGCGGCGUGCCGCCUUGCUCGUCGCUUUGGCUUGGAUUAUUCCACUCGCACUGGACUUCUUCCCAGCCUUGUGCGCACGUUUGGGAAAAUGCAACUUGACAAACAAAGCUCUCAUCUCCAGCAAAAUGAUUUUAUUGGAGAUUGUUCCCUGCUUAUUUUUGCUUAUCAUCACAAUACAGAUCAUGCUAACAGCCAGAAAGCACUGGUGGCAAAAUGCCCGCCUUCGGGCUCAAUUGCGAAUCCCUCUCGCCUACCGCCGACGUUACAGAGAGAUUUCAACAGCAAUGGUUAUCAUCAUUGUACUUGUUGUGUUUCUGGCUUGUUACUGCGUAGAGUUGUACAGUGUUGUUCGUUUUCUUUUAAACGCUUCGACACCAACUCUAGAAGUUUUUCACGUCAUUACUUUUCUAAUAAUCGUUAAUUCGGCUGCCAACCCGAUAGCUUAUGCUAUGUUCAAGAGAGACAUUCGUAAGGAGCUUAGAUCAUUUUGCAGACAUUCCAGGCCAGCAGAUGUAACACAACAUGCUGGCACUGCAGUUUGAUAAUAAUUAUAAUAAUAUUAAAAUUAAAAACUACUUCUCCGUGUGAUUUUCUAACUGAAAUCCAGGUAAGAAGGUAAAUUGUUGUUCAUUCAUCUGAGAAAAAUUAAAUAUGGGAAAAAGUCAAAAGCUGCGUUUCGAGAGGUAACUAGUAACUUAGCGAGUACUGUCUUGUCGGAUAGAACGCCCGUGGGCAUUACCUGAUUCUAGAGGGGUAAAACUAUACGUUUGCGUGGUUCCCGCCGUCAAAGCUGCCGUUUAUGAACGUUUCAGUUUUCUGAAAUUCUCCCCUUUCAAGCCCAAAUUUAACAAACCGUUUUGGGGUUGAAAGACGAAAUUAAAAAAGGUCGCAAAAAAUAAUACGAAAAAUGUCAAGGUAAAAACACUAUGGAGAAAGAUUCAAAUUUACGGCUUUAUUUUUUUUUAUACGAGAUUUUUUUUUAGCAAAUGUAAAAAUGUAUAUUAAACUCAGAAAACCCAUUCAAUUAAAAUCCUUUCAACAAAAUCCCUUCAGGCAAUUAACUAAAAUAUCUACCACAUCCGGUGAAGAAAAAAAAAGGACAAUGAUUAGUAUUACUGAAUUAAAUUCUUGUCAAGGGAUCGGCAAAUGCAAUUACAUUAGGUAGCCAUUCAUUAAUAGCACAGGAGGAGGUUAGGAGUGGCGGGAAAUUGGAGUGGGAGGGACCGGGGUGUAAUUAAUUUAGGAAUGGUUCUUGGUCUUUUGCAACCUCGGCAACCUUGCAUAGGGAAAUCAAGUUCGCCGUUUGUUAUCUGUCUUAACAAUUGUCAGUAGUAACCUUUUAUGUUUAUUUUUGGUAAUUGUUACUUCUUUGGUAUGGCUACCUUUACAUCAAUUUUAGGUCGUUCCUUCAAUUUCUAGGUGAUGUUGAUCUCACGACACUGCUCCCUUUAAUCAA